UCGGUUCCUUCUGCACACUGGAGAGUUUUAAGGUCCCGGCCUCCUCACGGAUGAGCUGGAGGAGGCGGCAGAGCAGAAGGAUGAAUUUACGGCGCUGGAAAGUGUCAAGCACGGUGUACUUUCUGAAAGCUGGCAUCAUGAAAGAAUGCAGGUGUUUUACAAGCCUACAGUAUCUAAUAUUCAGUCCCACGCUGUGGUCAGCUUAGAGGGGAAGGGGUCUGUACACACCACAGCUGAAGUCACAGUUCAUCCACUGACAAACUCAGGAAGUCCUCCGUUCCCACAUUAUCUCUUAAUGACUGUAGAAAUACCCAAAUCCCUUGACCUGAAGUCAGUAAAUAUUAUGACUGAGUCCCUUCCUGUAUUUAUUUCUCAUGUUUUCCGCACUUAUUUCUUGCUCUAACUUCUGCUGCAGCAUUGAAGUGAGGGACAAACGAGGGCUUGUCUGUUGGAUCAGACUGUUUAGCUGCUCGUUUGGGAAAGGAGGAGGUGAGAGGUUGACUCAAAGAGGUUGUGCAGUAAUGAGCUGGAGCGCUGCUGUUUGAACAAAGUUCUGUUUGGCUUUUUUUUGUUUUUCCAUGGAAACUGUAAGUACUCUCUUAAAACACUUAAGUUAUUUCUUUAACCCAACUAUUGGGUUAUUCAUGUCGGGUUUUAUUUGGGGCGAUACAAAUUGUUUAAGUUGUGGUGGUUUUAUAUACCCGGUGCCUUGCAUUCAUGUGGUUUUUAUCAAUGUUUGUUACAAAAUGAAAAAUAAAAAGCUAUAUUAAAAGCUAUAUAAUAAAAAGCUAAAUUUGAUAAAAACACAAGUAACAUUGCUGCAUUUUUUUCUCUCUGAGCAGAAAUACACAAUUAUUGAUUGGACAGGAAUCUUUUAGAGCAUUGUACACAACAAAGAUCACACUCCAGGGCACAAAAAGACACUUUUCUCCUCCAGAAUCUACUGGAAUUAUGACGAUCGUGUUAACAGUUUAAACAUUACAGUAAAUCAGAGAACAUAAACGCUGCAGCUCCAGUGUUAAAUUCUUAAUAAGAAGCUUAUCAUUAAAAAUGUGUCAAAUAAAUGAAUAAUACCUCAUAAAUUUGAGGUCUCCAUUUUUUUUUUUUUUUUUUUUCCUCUCUCCUGCUGUUGGAUGUAUAAAGGUGGAGGGUGAGGACCCACCUCUGGUCCGGCGGCUUCUCUAAAACCAUCAUCAAGGCGCAGCGUCCACUCUGUGACCCGUGAAGGCGGAGGGGUUGGCCCCGGCGCCGGAAAGACUUUCAAUCAAUGACACGGGAUCUCGGAGUGACGUCAGCCGGAGGCGCAGCCUUCUAGGAGCGCGUGAGAGGGAGGGAGGAGGAUGUGGAGGAUGAGGAGGAGAGAGGCAGGAGCGCAGCGGCUCUCCUGCAGAGAAAUCAGUCCAGAAGAGUGACUUUACCGCGGGCUAAUAGAAGGAUUUCCUGAUGCGCCACUCAUGCGUAAAAGCCUGGUACCGUGUCCAGGGCGCACAGCUAAGACUGAGAGGAGACGCCAAAAGCCCACAGCACGAGUGAGCACCGUGACAGCGUGUGGGGCUUCGCGCUCAGGCUGCACGGACCAGAGAGGACGAGAGACACCAAACAAGAGGAGGAAGAAAAUAAAAACAGGAGGAGAAAGGACGGAUUUGUCUAUUUAUGUUGUUUCAUUUUUCCCUCUUUUUUACGGAGAUCUCGCUACUGGGAAGAGUCGCGGCUGGAAGUGGAGCGCGUGGUGCGCUGAGCGCGAUGCUCUGGACUCAGAUGCUUUUUUUCCUUCUCCUUAAAAAGGUUUUUUUUGCUCUAAAGCUGUGAUUGUCUGUAGAGAAAAUGCGAGGUAAGAGCAGAUGUUACCUCUGAUGAAAACAUCCCUCAAACACAAUCAAUCCUGCUGACAGCCACUCUCCUCUGGGAUUCUUCUGCUGAUCGUUCCUCUAUUUCACUCUUUUUUUCUCCACUUCCAUAAAAUAGAGGAAUCAAACAUAAUCCUGACAUUUUUUUCAGCUUUGUGAGUGUUUCCUAAUGUGGAAAAACGGUUUAACCAUUAGAAGUGCUUUAGAAUUUGUGGAUUGUUGCAUGGAAAUGGUCACAGACUCAUAGUGUCAUUCUGCAUCCGCUUUUCUUCCCAACAUGGAGAACGUCUCCGUUCACAGUGCAGAGCUGCCAGCCUGUAAUGACUCUGUAGACUUCUACUCCUCCAGGUCAGGAAACAGGACGGACUUGAACUGCACUCACACCUCCGGCUAUUAUGACCUGUACGUCAUUUUACCGGUCAUCUACUCCAUCAUCUGUGCUGUGGGACUGACGGGCAACACAGCAGUCAUCUAUGUCAUUCUGAAAGCCCCCAAAAUGAAAACCGUCACCAACAUGUUCAUCCUGAAUUUAGCCAUCGCAGACGAUUUGUUCACGCUGGUGCUGCCCAUCAGCAUAGCCGAACACCUGCUCAGCUACUGGCCCUUCGGCGAGGUUUUGUGCAAAGUCAUCUUAAGCAUCGACCACUACAACAUUUUCUCAAGUAUUUAUUUUCUGACAGUUAUGAGCAUUGAUCGCUACUUGGUGGUUUUGGCCACUGUGCGGUCCAAGCGCAUGCCUUACCGCACCUACAGAGCCGCCAAAAUCAUCUCUUUCUGUGUCUGGAUCCUGGUCAUCCUCAUUGUCAUGCCCUUCACCGUUUUCGCCGGCGUGUAUGUCACCCCCUUCGAUGGACGGAAGAGGUGUGGGCUGAGCCUCCCCAACCCCGAGACUUUAUGGAUUAAAACCAGUCGGAUCUACACUCUCAUCCUGGGUUUCGCCAUCCCGGUCUCCACCAUCUGCAUCCUGUACACCAUGAUGCUCUACCGGCUCAGGAACAUGCGGCUCAACAGCAACGCCAAGGCGCUGGACAAGGCCAAGAAGAAGGUCACCAUCAUGGUGUUCAUCGUUCUGGCCGUCUGCCUGUUCUGUUGGACGCCGUUCCACCUGAGCACCAUCGUGGCUCUGACCACAGACCUGAAGACCACGCCCCUCCUGAUUGGCCUCUCCUACUUCAUCACCAGCCUGAGCUACGCAAACUCCUGCCUCAACCCCUUCCUCUACGCCUUCCUGGACGACAGCUUCAGGAAAGCUUUCAAGAAGAUGCUGGAGUGCAGACCAGCGUGAAUGAGUCGGUUAGCCUUUAGCAGGAGUGAACUAGAGCGAGGAUCGGUUUUAGUUUCACAUUUCAGAAAUCUUUGUGGAGAGUUUGGAAUUGUUCUGUUUCAAGUUAUUCUAACGAGCAGCAUUUCUCAGUCCAUGGUAAUGUUUUGUUUCCACAGUGACAGUAAACAGUCAGACAUUUGUUCAUUUAAUGCCCCUCUUCAUCUGCACAGGAGCUUCCUGGAUGUGAUGCCUUUUAAAGCAGCUCUGUCCUGAGAGCAGAUGUCUAUUUGUUUUCAACGAGAGCAUCCGUCUCCUCAGCUGGCCUGGUGUUGCUUUAAUGGCUUUGAAAGCGCCUAGAGUAGUUGUGUGAACAAUGUUUGCAUAACUGGGGGUUUGUCAUCACUGGCAUCAAAUCAGAUCAGUCAUAAAAAAAAAAAAAAUGCUUUCAACCUGUUAGGUUUGCAAAACCUCUAAGCGCACAACACCCAGUGGGCGUCGUCCACUCCCAGAGAACUGAGGAAGGUCUCUGAGGAAAUCAAACAUUUGUUGUGUGGAAAAGAUGCUGUUCAGCACAAAGACCCUGAUUUACAUUUUGACGACAGUCAGGGAAGCAUGUUCCAAAAAAAACAAAAAAGUUCAGUCCUUAGAUCAUAAACUACCCACACUUUCAUCCUGUGAAAACAAUAAAAAAAUAGAAUAUUCAGAAAACUUGAAAAAAGCUCUGAAACUGUGUAUGCAAAAAUGAAUCUGCCUUUAAAGUGUUUCUUCUGACUGAGCUGUUCUAACAACACGAGUCUGUGCUCCGUUUUCUCCUUUGGUCUGUUUAUGUUGCAUUUGAAUUCCAAAAUUCACCAACCUUUGCUGAUAUAAAACAGGCAUGGGGACAGGAGGGCUCCGAAAAGUGGGUUUGGGCUCUGCCAGGAUUUCUUUUGUGAGCUUCUGUUGCCCCCUAUUGUCAACAGGCUGAGGCUGAACUGAAAAUAGAGACAUUCUAACGAUGUCCCUUGAGGUUCCUGAAUCUUUUUUUUUUUUUUUUACCAUAUAAGAUCUGGAUUUAAGACAGAAAAAAAUAUAUUCUCUAAAAAGUGAAAUGUGUAAUUUGCUACAUUUUAAUGUAUUAUUUUUUAUCUAAUUAAGUUUUUGAGUUGUGUAAACUAUAACCCUAAAAUUUUAACUUAAGGAAAAUUUUAAAUAUAACAAAUCAUGGAACUUUGUUAAUUGACACACUUUUUUCAGUGUAUAUAUGAUUUUUCAGGUUGAAAAGGAAACAGUUCUGUGCAAAAUCUAAACACAAGUCAAAAAAUAAAAUACAAUUUUUUUUGUUGUAUUUUAUUUUUCGUAUUUUGUUUUGCCCCCAAAAUAAAACAAGUCCAUACGCAAAGCCUGUAACUUUAUUUUAUUUUAUUUUUUGUAAGAAAAUACUACCUUUUCUACCUUUUUUUCUUAUUAAUUCUAAAAAACGUCUAAAUGAAAAUAAACUGGUUACUUUUUUCUGAAAAACAAACAUUGAGGUUGAACUUUUACUCCUACUUGAUCAUUCUACUGAAGUGAUGCGACCUUUAUUUGUGUAGAUUUUGGCAACUCAACUCACUGAUGUGACGGCUCCUGUUUUCAUUGUUCGGCUUUACUGAAUAUGUGCUCUCUGUGCAACCUUCGUUUAAAAAGCCGGCAAACCCAGAUAUCAGCUAAAUGAAACGUAAUGAAAACAGCUUUCAAAGUAAAACAAAAAAAAGAAAGAUAUCUUGUUUCGGUUGUGUUAAAUUGAAGAUUUAAGUUCAUCUGUUUGUAUUUGAGACAUUUUUGCCUCUGUACAUUUCAAUGAAAGCAUGAGGGACACAAGUUUUCUUUCUUUAAAGUUAAAUUCUCCAGCUGUGCACCUCUUAAAAAAGCAUGUGCUGAAGUCAGAUCCUGACUGUACUGUGCAUUUCUUACUGCAAAAACAGACUCUGAUAUAUGCUGUAAAUACUUCUUUUGUUUUGACAUCUGUACAGCUGAAUGUAAAGUACUAGAAUGAAUGCUGAAUCAAAUAGGAAAAUAUGUACAAUGAAUGUAAAAAGAAUUUACAUUUUUACUUCUAAGGAAAAAAAAAAGAGAUGGGAAAUAUUUUGUUUUGGGACUGACAUCCACUCCUGACUGCUUACUUUAUUUUCCAGCUGUAAUCAUUUUUUAAUCACAGAUGUUAUUAGAGUAUAUCAAAAAUUGAAGACUUUUACCGUGCUUAUGUACAUUAAAAUGACCUGCAUUACACGCUGA